UAAAUAAUUGUAUGUGCGUAUCAUUAUAAAUACUUAAAAACAGUAUUUUAUCAUACAAUUUGGUAGAUUAGCGUUACACGAUUCGUAUUCGAUUUGGCAGUCACAUCACAUAGAGACACAAAGUAUAUCGUAUAUAAACAUGGAACAUUAAUUGCACUUGAGUGGUCUUGGUGUCUGACAAUACAUUGGUUGCAACUGUCUGUAGAUUGGCAAAUCCCCAUUUUAGACGAUUUGCUGAAAAGGUCUGCUAGCGAUUUUAUCUGAGUUGAAUCGCUAACAGCGAUCGACUGCUAUUGAUCGCCAAGACCAAACCAGUGAUAUUUAAAUUAUACGUUUAGCUGGAAGUAUUGAGAGGAGAAGCUGCAUUCUGUCUAUUAAGAGCAAUCGUGUUUUAUAUACUGAAAAAUGGCGAGAUAUGAUGAUCCCCUAAAUAACGCGAUAGGCGCGUUGUCUGUCGACGACGAUCGAUGGAUAGAACUAGGAUUGGACUACAAAAUUCGAACGCAGCUAAGUGAAAUUAAAAACAAUUAUGAAAGCAUUUUCUCGUGGGAUAUCCAAAAAUUAACAGAAGUUAAUAUGUGUCAGAAGUGGAACCUCAUUGAUAAAAUUCGGGAUAAGCAAGAAAUGAUCGUAACCAUGGAUGAUGAAUUCGAUUUAAAUAGAUUUUAUUUACAACUGGUAGCUUGUUAUGAACUUUAUAAUAACAAAAGUUAUCAAGAAUCGUAUUUGGAAAUUCAAGGCACUGUUAAAUAUCUGGAGAAGUAUAAAUUUGAUAAGUCAAUCGUGCAAUACUUUGAUGCCUACUAUCAUAUUACUCAGGCCACCAAUGCGUAUGUUGCAUUAACAUUGAAAAUUGAUUCAGAAAAGUUACUCAAUGAUGUUAAACACGUUAAACAUUUUAAUCGAUAUGAGGAAGCUGCAAUUUGUGCGGUUAAAGCCAAAAUUUUUAUGGAAUAUCCUCAUGAAGGGAAUGAUAUGGCUUUAAAAUUUAUUAAUCAAGCCCGUUACCUUGAUUCUACUGAACCUGAAUGGAUAGUAAUUUGGUUGAAAGCCAAAGGACGAGUAAGACGUUAUAACCAAAAAUUUAGAACACCAGAUGAUGAUGAAAUAGAUGCUGCAAAUAUGUUAUGCACAACACAAUCAAAGCUUCAUAUUUUGGUUCAAGCUAUGAACGUUUAUGAGGAAGCCGGAUUUAUUAAAAAAUAUACAAACAACCACAAAGAAUCAAUUCGUUUUUAUAAGCUUUCGUCUGAUAUUACUAAAAAAGCAAUUGAAUUGCCAAAAGAUGAUACAAAUAAACUUAUUUUUGUUUUAUUGUCAUCUUAUUCGAGUUAUGAUAAAUCUAUUAUGAGCAAUUUAAUCCCAAAACUGACGAAUGUUCAAAAUAGAGGUGUGGACCAAUUUCUAGGCUUUUAUUAUUUAAAACAUGAAAAGGAUUAUGUAAAAGCAAAAAUACAUUUCACUCGUGGAAUGGAAGCUGGUGAUUUUAAUAGUUCAUUGCAGUUAAUAAAAACAGAGUGUCUGUUAAAAUCUGUCAAUGACUUUCCUUAUGUGCAAUCAUUAAAUGUGAUGUAUGAUAAUUUUCAAAGUGCAUAUAGAAGGCUUAUUAUAUUAAUACAUAUAUUGAUGUAUUACAAUUUCUGUGAAAAUAAUCCGAGUGAAAUGAUGCGCUAUCUUAAAAUGUACAUUGACCAAGAGAUUGAUGAUACUAUUAAACUACAUCAUUUAACUUUUCCUUUGCCAUUGUUUAAGAUAAACAUGUAUUUUAGACCAAAUACAUUUCUGAAUAUGUUAUCUGAGAAUGUAAAAAAAAUAAUAAACAAUGAUUGGAGUUUGGAAGAAAAACAGAUAAUUGACAACACAUUUGAUCGGUUCAAUAAAAUAUUAAAGUUAAAUAAAAAUGAUAUUAAAAUAAAUGUUGCUAAUAAGACCACUGCUCAUAAAAAAUGCGAAUCUUGGCGAAAACAACGAGUUGAUUUGUCAGAAGAUAAGUCUAAUAAAACUGAUCAACAUCAAUCUAAUUCAAAAUAUUUUUAUCGGAAUACGACUUUAGAAAAACAUGUUGAUUUAGCCAAAAAACCAUCAACAAAUUAACAAAGAAUAAUUAUUGUUAAUAAUUUAAAAUUAUCUGUUAAUAAUCGUAUUAAGUCAAUGCAAUAAACAGUUUGAUUAGUUCAAAUAGCGUCGAGACAUACAUAAAAAAAAGUUUGAAAACAAAUUUAGUUUCUUCCGUAAUGCACGUAUAUUGUAUAUUUGUAUCACGUGAAAACGACUCUAUAAUUAAUAAACCUUUUAUAGAUGUGACAAGACAUGUGGUAGUUAUAAAGUUAUUAUAUUAUUAAAACUAGAUUUUAUAUCAAAACUUAAUUAAUUUAUAUAUUAUUAAAUUAAAAUUGUACUUUGUUUAAUGUUUAUACCUAAUAUGUUUUAUUUUAUAUUACAGUCAAUAAAUGAGUUAUUCUAUUA